GCCCCGGCUAUGUCCCGCUCCCCUCCCGUAGCCAUGUACUCCCGCGGCCGGCGCUGCACACCCGGGCCGUGCCCCCCGGCCGCGGCGCCGCCGGAGCGCAACGCGCGCCCCUCCCGCGGCCGCGCCCCCGCUGCGCCCCGCGGAGAUGCGCGGCCGCUGCGCACGUGCGGCGGCGGCAUGGAGCGCGCGGCGGGGCCCGAGGCGGACACGCUGGUGGCGCGGGAAGAGGGGGGUGGCCGCCGCCGCCGCGCAAGCAGGAGCAAUUGGUCUGGGAGUCUUAUUGUAGCCUCCUUAACUGGUGCUUUUGGGUCAUCUUUUCUUUACGGUUACAAUCUCUCUGUGGUCAACGCUCCUGCAGCGUUUAUCAAGAAGUUUUACAAUGAAACUUGGGAAAGAAGAUAUGGCUUCUCGGUGGAUGAAAGCACACUCACUCUCCUCUGGUCCAUAACUGUUUCUAUUUUUGCCAUUGGUGGCCUUGUGGGUGCCAUUAUUGUUACCCCAAUUGUGAAGUUCUUCGGACGGAAAUGUACGUUGCUGUUCAAUAAUGUGUUUGCAGUGACAGCUGCAUUGUUGAUGUCCCUCUCCUUGCUGGCGGGGUCAUUUGAAAUGCUCAUACUGGGACGUGUUAUAAUGGGUGUUGAUGCAGGCAUUUCUCUGAGUGCCCUUCCCAUGUAUUUGAGCGAAAUAUCUCCUAAGGAAAUCCGUGGCUCAUUGGGUCAGGUCACAGCAAUUUUCAUCUGUAUUGGUGUUUUCACUGGUCAAGUUUUGGGGCUGCCAGAAAUAUUUGGGCAAGAAUCUCGGUGGCCUUAUUUAUUUGGAGCAAUUAUUAUUCCUUCACUGAUACAAGUCGUGAUUCUGCCUUUUCUUCCUGAAAGUCCUCGUUACCUCCUACUUGAAAAACAUAACACAAGCAAGGCAGAAAGAGCAUUUCAGACCUUCCUUGGGAAAGAAGACGUGUCUCAUGAAGUAGAGGAAGUUUUGGCAGAGUCUCGAGUCCAAAGAAACACCAAGUUAGUGUCGGUUCUUCAGCUCCUGAGAACACGUGCGAUACGAUGGCAGGUCAUUACCGUGGUCAUCACCAUGGCCUGUUACCAGCUCUGUGGGCUAAAUGCUAUCUGGUACUACACAAACAGCAUCUUUAGUGAAGCUGGGAUCAAUCAUAAGACAAUCCCCUAUGUUACUCUAAGCACUGGUGCUGUUGAAACUGUGGCUGCUGUUUUUUCUGGCUUAGUUAUUGAGCGGCUGGGACGCAGGCCUCUUCUCAUUGGAGGUUUUGGGUUGAUGGUUGUCUUCUUCGCAGUACUUACCGUCUCUCUGACUUUGCAGAAAACCGUGUACUGGCUUCCUUACCUCAGUAUAUUUUGCAUCCUUGCAAUCAUUGCAUCAUUCUGCAUUGGACCAGGUGGGAUUCCAUUUGUUCUCACUGGAGAGUUUUUCCAGCAGUCACAGCGGCCAGCUGCAUUCAUGAUAGCUGGGACAGUCAACUGGCUCUCCAACUUCGCAGUCGGACUGCUCUUCCCUUUCAUUCAGGGUGGUUUACAGACCUACUGCUUCCUAGUGUUUGCUGCCAUCUGCUUUGCAGGAGCUACCUACCUGUUUUUUGUGCUGCCUGAAACAAAAAAUAAGACAUUUCAUGAGAUCAGCCAGGCAUUUGCCAAAAGGAAUAAAGUAUCUUUAGAAAUGCGAGAAAUGAACCACUGCUCAGGGGAGAGGAAAUCAAGCGCAGAACAGGAAUCAAACUUCACAUCUUCGGUGGACAAUGGGGAAACCAAAAAGGGGAUUGUGUAAACCCAGGAUGCUCUUUUAGGGGAUGAAGGAAAACCUGCUCUUUCAUUCAGUAUAUUUAUAGCAAUGCACAACUUAUAUUUUUGUAUGUGACAGCAUAAACUGCUUCCUUGUUGAAUAUGUUUUAAGUGAGUACAGGUGAAUGCGUUAGCAGGCAGGGUGAUGAUUGAGGAAAUGGAAGGAAGGAGGAGUGGCAGCCAAUUAAGUCAGGGUUUUCUUGGGCACCUGUGCAGUAGGUGCUGUGGUGGGAAGAUGGGGAAUAUAGACUGGGAGAAGUGAAGUGGUGGUGGGGAACUGCAGGAGGCCAAGCACCCCUGUGUGCUCACGGGGAGGUGUGUGUGCAGUCACCAAGGAGGAGGAAGAGGCAGGGAAAAGGGAAGAGAUGCCAAUGGGAGUCUGUUGAGAAUUGAUGCAGGCAAACCUGAAAUGGUUCUGGCUUGCAUUUCUCCAAAUUUCUCAGUAUGUCAUUCAAGAUGCACAUGAGAAUUGAUGACUUGAAAGAAGACUCGUGACACUCCCCUGACCUCCCAUUCCCUUUAGACCUAUUUUGACUUUCAGUUGCUUUGUCUGAACAUCUCCCACCUCCCCACAAAUGGCGAGCUCCAGGUCAUGAUGGGUUUCCUUGUCUCUCUUGAAAAUCCUGAUCUACUAGAAUAGAGUUGCCUCUGGUUUCUGGGUUUGCUGGUAAUGCAUUUCUGUGGAGAUUUAUAUAAAUUUUAUUUUUUAAGAAUAGCUAUAGAAGUCUUAAUAUGAAAAGAAAACUAAACCUCAUGGCAAAGUCAGAAAACUCUGAUGGUAUGUGUAAAUUAUAGCAUGAAAAUAAACCAAAUCAAACACCAAGUGUUACAAGAGUUGGGGGGGUUGGUGGCUUAUUUUUGCUUUUCUUUUCAAGUUCCUUUUAAAGCAGGUCUUAGGAGGCAAAAUUUACCUGAGACCCAGUAGAUGUCAUUGCUUAGCACUCAGAUCUCUACAAAGGCAUUUGGACACCUAUUUCAUGAUUGAACACUAAUUUUUAUUUGGGCAUUAGAUUCUGAAGCUCCAGGUCUAGUUCACGUUACUAAGUUUUUUAGUUACAAAGCUUUUUAAUGCUUUGUAAAACUGUCCUCAGAGUCUGCUUAAUUUCAUGAUAGAAAGGCUCAAGCAGGCUAUCAAGAGUUAGGUGAUCCCUUCCCUUCCACAUGGAAUUUUUUUUUAUGAGCAUCAUCUUUCCAGUUUGUAACUUUGAUAAUAGGUUUUCUUGAUUCUUCAAGGUACCUGAAUGCUGAGGGGGUAAUAAGCACUUUUAAAUUAAAUAGUUAGCUGUUUUCUAUGAAAAGUCAGCAAGCUUCAGAGCUGCUCUCAGUUGGGAGUAAGGCACAAGAAGCAAGUGCAGCAUGUAGGUAGGGCCAGCUCCUUCCACAAGUUAUAUUUACUAAUCCAGAAGUUCAUACUUUGGAGCAUUUGGAGAAAAAAUGCAUAUAUAUUCAUAUAUAUAUACACACACAAUACAUAUAUGAAUAUAUAUUCCAAAUAGAGAAAUAUAGAUUAAUAUGUAUAUUCAUAUACAUAGACACAAUGGAAAAUUUCAAUAUUUGUCUGGGUUUUUUUUAAGAGUUCCCCAAGUGAUGACCUGUUCAUUGUUUUGUUCUACACUGUAAAUUACACUGUAAAUCAAAAUUAGAGAUCCUAAUGUUCAGCUAUUACUUCUAAAUUAUACAUAUAUGGUUUUCUACUGUGAUUUAUUUAUAUGUGGCAUACUUACUGCACAAUGGAAGCUGAUCUGAUAGGGCAAUUUCACUACUGGGUAAUAGACAAAAAAAUUGAUCUGAGCCUUUAUGCCAGAAUUUAUGCUCUUUUACUGGGAUAGAGGUACAGCAGUAAGUAAGGAAAUGAAAAUAUAUAUGAGCUACUGUAAAGAAACAAAGUGAAUCAGAAUAAUACCAAUAGUCACCAAAUACUAUGGAAAAAUUGAAGAAAAAUAUUUUCUAAUAAUCACUUGUAAAAUUAUAUAUCUGGCA